AUGCGCGUGGUCGAGGUGGGCGGGAUGGGCGUGAGUGACGUGAUGGAGCUAGAUGAACUGGACGAGCUGGAGGAGCUAGACGAGCUUGAUGAGGUGAUUGACGAUGAGGAUGUCAGGCUAGUUGAGGUGCUAGAAGAGGAUGUUGUUGAGGCUGUAGAUGAGGUUGUAGAUGAGGUUGUAGAGGCUGAGGUGGAUGCUGGAGUGGAUGAGGAUGAGGAGGUCGUCGAUGACGAGGAAGACGAGCUAGAGCUUGAUGUUCCGGUAGAUGUAGAGCUCACGGCGGAUGAGGUAGAGGAGCUCGAAACUGAAGAUGCCGAGGUGCUAGCUGUUGAUGACGCAGAAGAGCUAGACGCCGGUGCGACAGACGAACUUCCAGACGAGGAGGCCGACGAGCUGAUGCUAGAGGACACAGUCGAUGACGACCCUGAAGAAGUUGAGGAAGAGCUGGUUGGUGGCGCAGAGGAACUUCCAGACGGUGUAGAAGCACUUGAGGUAGACAGUCCGGAAGAGCUUGAGGAUGUCGGCUGGGGGGAUGAGCUGAUAGAUGCAGAAGAGGUAGUACUCUGGGGCCCAGGAGAUGUACUGCUGGAUACUGUGGAAGAGCUUCCUGGUGGUGUUGGAGAUGGGCUGCUAGAGCUGGGUGAUGUUGACGGGGUCGACUGGAUGCUCCCAGAAGACGUGUUGAGAGGCGGCAAUACGGAGCUUGUUGAUAGACUGGAGACUACAGUGGGCGAGCUCGACGCCGAUGAUCCCGAGGACGUACCAGCCCCUGAUGUGGAAGAGCUAGUCGUCGACAAUGUAGAAGAACGAACUGUGGCACUUCCAGUGCUACUUGACAGCGAGCUUGUUGUGGAUCCCGACCGACUGGUGCUUCCGCCAGUGCUAGUGCUAGUGCUAGAAGGUGUAGUUGACGAGACGGGCGUGACAGACCCACUUGUCCUGCUUGUGGGUGUGACGGAGGAGGUUGCGGAAGGCGGAGGACCGGCAGAACUCGAAGUUGCAAUAGAUGGACUGCUUGAUGCGGCGCUAUUUGUAGAUGAAGAUCGGGUAGAUACCAAAGUACCUGUACUGCUGAUGCCAGACUGUGAGGUCGUUGAGGUCAAGCCUGGAGGGACCGGGAUGCCACUGGUUGAGACGGAGCUUCCGGAUGUUGACGAAGUCUGA